UUUCGUUAGAUCUGUCCGUCCGGAGCGGAAAUCCCAUUGGUUGCUAGCCCUCCUCGUCCGAUCUCCACCGUUGUCCAACUUCCGCCGUAGAUCGACGCAUCUCGGUCGGUAAUCUCUCCGCCCGCUACCGCAUCCGGGCUCCAAAGUUUGCAUCUUGGCGGCAGCCUUGAGGUUCGUUAGCUCGUGGAUACGUUGAUGACAUUGUUGAAGCACCGAAGGAGAAACGUUAGAUUUGUAUUUGUAUAUGAAUCCCUCUUUUGUUUGGGCGGGGGAAUUUGAUCUUUAUUUCUCUUCCAAUUUUGGGGCGAAGAGGCGAUGAGGGGCAGAAGCACUGAAUCCUCUGGGACGAGGAGGUGGAGGCUCUCUCAUGCUCUCUUGGCAAUUGCAUUGAUCUACUUGGUCUUUAUUUCUUUUAAGUUCCACCAUUUUCUUGAGAUCGCCAAUGCAUUGAGCGGCGACGACAGCUUCUCCGGCCUCGACCGGCCAGUCAACGACCUUACCUCCCACCACCUCCACCUUGGCCAUACGACUCCUGUCUUGGUCCACCAUGAUACCUUCCACCGGAAACUGGAGGACAGCCGGAACCUCCCUCCUGCCCUUCAAAAGGAGCAGCCUUCCCUCAGAUUUGCACCGAUUAAGCCUUUCCGGCGCUGGUUCGGUCGUAAAUCUGGAGGUAACUUGACGCAGCUGGAGGCGAUGGUCGACGAGGCAUGGACGCUAGGCCAGAAGGCUUGGGAUGAUGUGGAGAGUUAUGACCCUGUGAACAACAAGGAUGAACUACCUGUCACAGGAGGAAAGCCUGAGUCUUGCCCUUCAUCGCAGGCGAAGAGUUCGGCUGAAAUGAGCUCUGAUGGGGAGCUCCGCCUGUUUCUUCCAUGUGGCCUCACCGCAGGCUCUUCGAUUACAGUUGUUGGCAAGCCUCAGGAGGCCCAUGAGGAGUAUGUGUCCCAGCUGGCAAGGAUGAGGCAUGGGAAUGGAACUGUCUGGGUCUCACAGUUCAUGGUUGAACUUCAGGGAUUGAGGGUGGUGGAUGGGGAGGACCCACCAAAGAUCCUGCAUUUGAAUCCAAGGCUCACAGGGGACUGGAGCAAGAGACCUAUUCUUGAGCUUAAUUCAUGUUACAGGAUGCAAUGGGGCACAGCAAUAAGGUGUGAUGGCUUGCCUUCAGGAGAUGAUGAUGACACAGUUGACGGGUUCAGAAAAUGUGAGAAAUGGGCUCGUAGCGAUAUGAUAGACACAAAAGAAUCUAAAACUACUUCAUGGCUGAGGAGGUUUAUAGGUCGCGCAAAGAAGCCAGAAAUGACAUGGUCUUUUCCAUUUGUGGAAGGAAGACUGUUUGUCUUAACAAUACAAGCUGGUGUUGAAGGUUAUCAUAUUUUUGUUGGAGGACGACAUGUAGCUUCAUUUCCAUAUCGACCGGGAUUCACUCUUGAAGAUGCAACUGGAUUCGCAAUAAAAGGAGAUGUUGAUGUACACUCGGUGUAUGCCACUUCGCUUCCCACGUCUCAUCCCAGUAUUUCACUUGAUCGUGUCUUGGAAAUGUCAGAGAAUUGGAAGUCUCGUCCUUUGCCUGAAAGUCCAAUUGAUCUUUUUAUUGGAAUUAUUUCUGCUUCAAAUCAUUUUGCUGAGCGCAUGGCUAUUAGAAAAACAUGGAUGCAAUCUUCUCAAAUCAAGUCAUCUAUUGUGGUGGCUCGCUUCUUUGUUGCACUGAACCCAAGGAAGGAGGUAAAUGCUAUGCUAAAGAAAGAAGCAGAAUAUUUUGGAGAUAUUGUCAUUUUGCCAUUUAUGGAUCAUUAUGAGCUGGUGGUUCUCAAGACAAUUGCUAUUUGCAACUAUGGGGUUCAUAACUUAACCACUCCAUACAUUAUGAAGGGUGAUGAUGAUACUUUCAUACGGAUAGAUGUUGUGUUAAAGGAAAUAAAGCGGAUCUCUCAGAAAAGACCAUUGUAUAUGGGGAACCUUAAUCUCUUGCAUAGGCCUCUCAGAAGUGGAAAAUGGGCUGUUUCAUACGAGGAGUGGCCAGAGUACGUAUACCCGCCCUAUGCUAAUGGGCCUGGCUACAUAAUUUCGAGAGACAUCGCAAGGUUCAUUGGUUCCCUUUAUGCCAAUCAAAGCCUAAGGCUAUUCAAGAUGGAGGAUGUAAGUAUGGGCAUGUGGGUUGAACAGUUCAAUGCUUCUAUACCAGUACAAUACUCUCAUAGUUGGAAGUUCUGCCAGUAUGGAUGUAUGCUGAACUAUUACACUGCUCAUUAUCAAUCUCCUAGGCAAAUGCUUUGCCUUUGGGACAAACUGGCUGGGGGGCGAGCCCAAUGUUGCAACUUUAGAUGACAAGUUCAGUGGUACGUGUGCUUUGUUUCCCCCAUCCCCAUUUUGUUCUUUUUAUAUUGACAUUCACCAUGGUGAAAACAGCAUCUACCGGGGGAUUUUGUUAAAUGAGUGUAUAUGUUUUUCUUUUUCUUGCAACCAAUUUCUAUCAUCCACUAGUUUGUCAGGCAGCACUUAAAAUGAUAAGAUUGAAGGACAAUUUUGAGGAUUCUUUUUUGUUCCAAGUAAGAUGGAAGACAUUCUUUUUGGAUGUAUACUUGCUGUACCUUGAAACUUAUGUUGAUGCUAAAACAAAGAUUUCCUGCUUAUUUUCUGGAAAAAAGAUUUACUUGAGGCAGAAUUUACCAUCAGAAGAAUUGAAGGUCUUGAGAAAUCUUCAUCAAAUCUGCUUCUCCAUCUGUUUGACCAUUUUCCUGAUUCUUGGUGUCAAGGCUUAGGCUUUCAUUGAGUUGUAUCAUGCUGAUAGCUGGUGUCGAAUGAUCCAUGUAAUCCCAGUGAUUAGAAUCUAUCAGUCACCUUUUCUUCUGCUCCUAGGACAAUGUGGGUGGUCAGAAAUCUUGUGGAUUUGCUUGAAUCAGUUCAAAAUGUUCAUGUUUCAACCAGCAGCUGGGCAUCUAAAGAUUUAUGUUAUAUCAUGCUAAAUUUCCAUUUUGUGUA